GCUACGGCCUGCAGUUCCCGUCAUUCACCAUAUUCCCUCCAGGUUCGGUCCUUGGACAGUCUUCAAAGAAAACCUUCUUUAAAGGAACGCGUUGUGUUAACAAACGCGUGUUUUAUAACCGUGCCAUGUGGUCUUUGCGUGUUCUCGUUCUAACGGCUGCUUGCGGUUUGUUUAGUAGCGUCAAUGCUUGGAAAAACACGAAUCUUAUUCGUACAUACGAUUUGACGAAAUCUUACGUAAAGGAGACUAUCACGAUCAAGCUCGAAAAUGACUUGCAAGAAGCUGCAAAUGUGUAUACUUUGAUGAAAGACUUGGUGGACGAUGAGCGAGUUGUCUCUGCCGUGGCUUUAGAGAAGACCCAGGGAGGUUCAGUGUCGCUGGAUAUUGUUCCUUCGCUGACGACGGAAGACGGUCUUGACAUUCGUUUCCCCUCUCCCGUGCUCCCUGGCGAAAGCAAGACGAUUCAUGUGUCGCUGACUUUGGACGGAGCCCAGAAGCCUGUCCCAGCAAAGAUUAAGCAGGAUGACCAGCAGUACCUUGUAUAUCGUGCUUCCAAAACCUUCGUUUCCCCUUAUGACACCGAAAAGCAGCGUUUGAAAUUCAAGUUCCCCACGAACAACGUUCCUUCCUUCACUGAAUUUACUGAUGCCAGUGGAAACAAGCAGCCUGCUCGUGCCGGCAACACUCUCACGUACGAAACGCUCGAAACCGUUGAGCGUGAUACUCCCAAGGAGUUGGUCAGUGUGCGUUAUGAGUACACUGCUCCCCUUCCUCGUGCUCGUCAACUCGACAUUGAGGUUGACAUCCAUCAGUUCCGCAAAGAGAUCAGCGUUGUUGAGAAAACGACUCUUGAAAACCAUGCUGCUGAGCUUCGUGGACAUUUCAACCGCGCAAAGUGGGCUAUGAGUCGCUUCUACAAUCCCCUUACUGCUGCUCUCGGCUCUUUCCGCAUCUAUUUGCCCAAGGAUGUUCGUGAUGUGUCGUUUAAGGAUGAGGAUGGCAAUGUCACUACUUCCCACAUGCGUGCAGACCGCCAGCACACCGUCCUCGAUCUUAUUCCUCGAUUCCCCGUUUUUGGUGGAUGGAACUAUUACUUCCGUCUGGCUUGGAACAUGGCUUUGGACUCGUUUGCUGCCGACAAGAACGGCCGCACUGUGGUGACUCUGCCUUCCAUGUGGUCGUUGGAAGAUGCACUUUUCUCUAAUGUCUCUUGGACGCUUACUCUGCCCGAGGGUGCUAAGGACAUCAAGGUCAACGUUCCUACUGAGCUUUCCCUUAAAAACGUUACUACUGUCUACCAUUUCUUAGAUAUUCAAGGCCGUCAAUCUUUCGUUUACGAAGCUUCUGAUGUCUCGGAUGAAUUCUCUCAAAAGGUCAUUGAAAUCAGUUAUGUUUACGAUACGCUUGCCCAUCGUCUUCGUCUUGCGGUAAUUGUCGGCAUCAUAGGUGUUCUGUUUACCGCUGCAUACAUGAUUUGGGCUCCUUAAUGUGUUUGUUUAACGUCCAUCUUUCAUAAUAGCAAUCCUGUGCACCUCAUCAUUUUCUCCUAUCCGACUGGCUGCCCUUUUCCGUACUGCUUACUCCCUUACUCCUUACUCCUUAC